AUGUCUCAUCAUCAACGAAGGUCUAGCACGUCGCAUACCUACCAAGGUCAUAGACGAAGCUCUCAACACGCCCGAAGCCGUUCCGACAACCAUGGCAUCGCUAGAAGCGCGCCCACGUCUGGCAUCACUUACACGCCUGGCUCCGUUCACCCCGACGACUUCUAUGACCGCGACGAACUGGAGGUAGCCGACUCAUACACAGAAGGGCCUGACGCCCUCCAAGAUACAUACAGCAGCCCCCAAUCUGAUACCCGCGUCUCUUAUCCCGACCCAGCGCAGUAUGCUAGCCAAGGUCGCCAGACCGCGGGGUCCUACCCCGGAGGUGUGGCUUACACCAGAGGCGGCACCUAUGCUGGUGGAAACACGCACACCAGGGGAGGCUCUUUUGAUGCUAGGAACUAUUCAAGGGGCGCCUAUGACUGGGGAAGCUAUUCCAGGGGUAGCACUGAUAGUCCUAGAGACUAUGCCAGAGGAAGCACCUACCCUGGCAGAGACAACAGAGUGUUCUCGUACACCCUGGACGGCCACUUGAUACCAGACCCGGAUCCUUCACGGAGAUUCCCUGCCGACCACUACGAUGCCUUGGGGAACUACAUCGGGGCUCCUCCAAUCUACUCCAGCACGACCGGCUUCAUCUCAUUCCCUCGAUACCCCGAGCCCGAAGCACCACAUCCACCUUCACCCCCUCCCCCACCACCAGCCACUGCUCCCCAGAACAACCGCCGGUCUUUAUCAGGUCAACUUGUCGAUGGGGUCCGCAGCCUCUUCUCCCCCGAGCCGGCUCCUAGCGAGCCCCAGUUCCCUCCCCAGCCCCGGCGGACGGGCGUCUACUUGUUCUGCAGGCACCGCCUUAACGACGACUGUGCUUGUAUCACACCCCUUGAGGACAACGAGCCGGGAGACUACUGCCAGAGAUGCUGGGAAGGACGGUGCAAGGGACCACGACCUCCAGGGUCAACACCAAAGAGGUCCUUUUGGUAA